AUGGAUUUGGGCUCGAAUGCAAACUAUUCGGAGACGGGUAAAGCGUUGAUGCGUAUGACGAGGGAGAUGAGCUUAGAAGAGCAAGGAGCGAAUUGCAAAAAAAUUGAAAAAGGUCAGAAUUAUCUGGACGCGGCAAUUGGUGUAGCAGGCGUUGCAUUAGGAGUGUUUGCCUUGUUUACCAUGCCACUGCUAAUCGUGGUCUCCUCCGCGAUAUUAGUUAAUGUACUGAUUGCCAAGGCUUUAACAGCAGACGAGAACAUUGAGAGAGAAUGUGCUGAUCUCCCUUUUAAAGAGUUAGACGAAAAAAUGAAAGCUAGACAAGAAGAAACAGAUAGAAAAAUUGCAGAACAAACUGAAAUUUUAAAAGAAGUAAGUGAAAAAGUUGGCCAAACUCUCGACAAAAUAGAAGAUGUAAGAAAGGAAAUGGGCGAUAACUUUCAGAGGGUAUUGAAUAAAAUCGGGGAUCUGGAUGCCAGUAACCCAGUUUCCGAAAUAAAAACAGCGAUCGAAUCCAUUUCAUUUAGUGAGGAGAACAAAAGGUUAGCAACUCCUGAGCGUUAUGUUUACAUCAUCCAGCAAGAAGUAGCAAAAAAUUCAGAUUCAUCUCUUUACAAUUACAUUGGAAUGCAAGGUAGUCUGUAUAAUGCCAUUUUUGCUGUGAUUAACAAGAAGAAUACCAUUAAACCGAACAUUGCCCUUCCCGGACUCAACAUUGGAGUUACGACUUACGCAUCGACCGUCAUUACUCUCAUUCAGCAACUACGUUACAUGUCGGAAUAUGCUUACCAAAAGGGUGAUUUGAAAAAGUUCAACAACUAUUUCAAUCGUCUUUGCUUUGAUUUCAAUUAUUUCAAACUGAUAGUUAAUGGUUCCUCAAAAAAGCAAGGUAUAAUCGAUCAAGUUACGCAGAUGUUAAACGAAGCAAAAAAAAGUAAAAGCAAGCAAGAUCUUGGCGAUGAAUUGUUCGACAAUAUUGGAACAUACAUCACCCAACUUAAUCAAUUAAAGCAAAAGAUUACAGCACUUUCAUUAGAUGUGCUCGAAACCACCCCAGAUAAGAACAUGGAUAUUGAUUUCAACUCCAGAACUGGGAAUCAACGCAGUAGUAGUAACUUCUUAGACUGGAAAAAAGGCACUAAGGUCAGUUACGCAGUGCAGUUCGAAAAAGAUGGUAAGUAUUCUAAAGUUAGUGGCUGGACUUCACCACAGGAUAUAGUGGAUAUAGCCAAUCCGGAUAUUGUAUUCCGGAAAUCGAGCAAUAUGAAUAGAUUAGUCUUCCGUAAAUUUGGCAAUGGUGAUGCAGAAUUGGCAUACAUCCUCCCUGGCUCGGAAGUAAAAUUUAGAGACGUCCACAGGGAUUUGUAUAAUUUAGCUUUUAAAAACUCCCUCAGCGAGUCGCAGGUUUCAAGUAACAUGGAUAGACUCAUUAGAUUGGGAGCGAAUGUUAAGGCAGUGUUUGAGGUGUCACGGAAUCUUGAAAUUAAAAUUUCAAACACUUUCUAA